GCUGAAAAUCGGACACCCAGCUGGGCUUUCCUCGAGUGCCAGAGAUCUUGGAAAAAGAUACCACUAAAUAAUCGUUCGAGCUUGAGGGGGUCUUGAGGUGACAGCGCCGACAACUGCGAUUCCAGCAGGAGGAGGAAAAGAUGGACAGGAGAAAGCUUGGGCGACGGCGAUCUUCAUCCGAGAUUGCUACGGAAGGAAAAAGGCAAAAGUCUUCAUCUUCUGAUUUACAUGAGUUUCAGAUAAGAAAGAUGUUAAAUGUAAAGCCAGAGGAUGUUCAUGUUCAGUUACCACUGUCCAAAUUCGGAAGCUCAGAACACUGGGAUAUCCCUUUGCAGGGGUGGAAAAGAAGCCUAAGAAAUAAAGUCAUCUGUUUAGACCAUAAAAAUAAAAAAAGUAUCCAUGGGCGUUCUGUCACUUCUAAGUCAUCAUCAGAAAGGCAACUCAAAGUUAUGUUGACGAAUGUCCUAUGGACCGAUUUAGGACGAAAAUUCAGAAACACCCUUCCUAGAAACCAUCCUAAUUUAUGUGACGCCAACAAGGUGCAAUCAGACUCAUUGCCUUCGACUUCUGUUGACAGCAUAGAGACAUGUCAAAAAUUAGAACUUCUUCACCAAAGCCUUAAAUUAUCUGAAAGGAUCCCCAGAGUUAUAUUGACGAAUGUCCUGGGAACGGAGUUAGGAAGAAAAUAUAUAAAGACCCCACCUGUAACUGAGGCCAGUUUGAAUGACACAGACAACUUGCAAUCAGAGCAACUUUCUUCAUCAUCUGAUGGCAGCCUAGAAUCUUGUCAAAAUCUAAAUCCUCACAAGAGCUGUUUUCUAUCUGAAAGGGAUUCACAACCAAGUAAGACAGUAGAUAACACAUCUUCAAAGCAGGCUUUACGCACUAAAGAAAAGCGAAGAGAUGAUGACAUUUCUCUUAAACUAUCUGAUACUCAGCCUAAAGACCUGAACAAUGGAAGUAGAGAUUGUGAUAAUCUUGAAGAGGGGAGCAGAAACAUGGAUGUUACAUAUUCUGACUCAAAAAUGGAACCCACUCUGAUUUCCAGGAAGACAAAGAAAAGGCUUAGAAGUAAUUUACCUGAUUCUAGUAAUUCUACUUCUUUGGGUGAAUCAACAAGACAAACAAAAGAACAGGAAAAUGAGUCAACAGUUUCCACCAAGUUUGAAAAGUCAAGUAAAAACUAUCAUCAGGACCCAGCAUGGCUUGAAGAAAUUACAUCUAAACCUAUAGAAAGUAAUUUUACUAAAUUGUCCUCAAUUGAUAGUCAGGAGUUGGGUUUGAGUGCUGCCUCCAAAAGUGUCUCUGCUUAUUCAACCACUGAAACUUUGGGGAGCUCUACUUCCAGUGAUACAGUGGAGAUUUCUUCUCUGAUUGAGAAGGAUGAGAAUAAUUUGAAUACAAUAGAAAAGCCUCUCCUAAGUGGACACAAUGAAGGAAGCCAAUCGUUGAUCUCAGCUGAACCAAUUGUUGUUUCCAGUGAUGAAGAAGGACCCAUUGAACAGGAAAGUUCAGGAAUUCUUAAAUUACAACCUAAACACAACUAUGAGAUCACUGAUGAAAAUGAAAAUACUUCUGAAUCACCCCUGUCAGAACUACCCCUGGUUACCUGUAAUUCUGGACAGACAUCAUCUGAAUUAUGUCCAUAUAAUCCUGUUAUGGAAAACAUUUCCUGUAUUGUACCUAAUAAUGAGGUGGAUCUGCAUCUGGAUUUUAUAUUUACUUCUGUGUACAUUGGUAAAAUAAAAGGAACUUCUAAAGGUUCUAUAACAUUCACAACAAAGUAUGUUAAAAUCCCAUUUCAAGUGUCCCUGAAUGAGGUUUCAUUGCUAGUGGAUACCACAUAUUUAAAGAGGUUUGGGUUAUGGAAAAGUAAGGAUGAUGAUCACAGUAAAAGGAGUCAUGCUAUUCUUUUCCUCUGGGUCUCUUCAAAUUAUCUUCAAGAGAUUCAGACCCAAUUAGAAAACUCUAUUUUAAGCCAGCAAUCAAAAUCCAGUGAAUUCAUUUUCCUUGAGCUAAACAAUCCCAUUUCACAAAGGGAUGAAUUGAGAUUGAAAGAUAUUAUGUUGGAAAUAAGUACAACCAAUGGAGAAUUAGAACUUUCUUAUCCAUUGUCUUGGGUUCAGGCAUUUCCUUUGUUUCAGAAUCUUUCUUCAAAAGAAAGUUCUUUUAUUCAUUAUUACUGUGCUUCAGCUUGUUCUUUCCCUGCUGCUACUGAAGAAAUGAAGAUGCAUUCAGUAUCUCAGCCCUCAGAUACAGAUACAGCCAAACCUACUUACACUUUCCUGCAGAAGCAAAGCAGUGGUUGCUACUCACUUUCUAUUACAUCAAAUCCAGAUGAAGAAUGGCGAGAAGUCAAGCACACCGGACCUGUUCAGAAAUUGAUUGUAUAUCCUCCACCACCUACUAAAGGAGGACUAGGAGUAACUAAUGAAGAUCUGGAAUGUUUAGAAGAAGGAGAGUUUCUUAAUGAUGUAAUCAUUGAUUUUUACCUCAAGUAUCUUAUAUUGGAGAAGGCAUCAGAUGAACUUGUUGAACGAAGUCACAUUUUUAGUAGCUUUUUCUAUAAAUGCUUGACAAGAAAGGAGAAUAAUUUAACAGAAGAUAAUCCAGAUCUUUCAAUGGCUCAAAGAAGACAUAAAAGAGUAAGAACAUGGACUCGUCACAUAAACAUUUUUAAUAAGGAUUACAUCUUUGUGCCUGUAAAUGAGUCAUCUCACUGGUAUCUUGCAGUAAUUUGUUUUCCAUGGUUAGAAGAAGCUGUGUAUGAAGAUUUCCCACAAACUAUAUCUGAGCAAUCUCAACAAAACAUCAAAACAAUAGACCAUGAUCUACAAACUACUUCAACACUGUCCUCAAAUACAGAGGAUUCUCAAAGUACCAAGAUGAGUAUGUCAUUUGCAAAGAAAAUGUGUAAAAGGCCAUGCAUUCUCAUACUAGACUCCUUGAAAGCUGCUUCUGUACAAAAUACAGUUCAGAAUUUACGAGAGUACUUAGAGGUAGAAUGGGAAGUUAAGCGAAAAACUCACCGUGAAUUCAGCAAAACAAACAUGGUUGACCUAUGCCCUAAAGUUCCUAAACAGGAUAACAGCAGUGAUUGUGGAGUAUAUUUACUGCAAUAUGUGGAAAGCUUCUUUAAGGAUCCUAUUGUUAACUUUGAACUUCCAAUUCACUUGGAAAAAUGGUUUCCUCGUCAUGUAAUAAAGACCAAACGGGAAGAUAUUCGAGAGCUCAUUUUGAAACUUCAUUUACAGCAACAGAAGGGCAGCAGUAGCUAGUUAAUCUCUACAAACAUGACACAUAAUGUUCUUUAAGAUUACUGGAAAGCCGCUUACUGGCAUUUGUGUUAGACAGUUCACUGAAAAGAAAAUGACUUCCAGUAGUUUUAUAAGUCAUUGAAUAGUUAUUUAAAACAUAUAAAAUUAAAACAUAUAAGAUAUGUUAUUAGAAUUGUCGGACUCUCAUAGAUGAGUGGGGAUGGGGAUGAUAUAGCUAAAACUUAUUAGAAAUUAAAAUUUCAUAAAUAUUUGAUAUUUUUCUGAGUAAAUAUGCUUGGAUUAUGCAAUAGCAUAUGUAAUGUGGGAAUGCUUUUGUAGAUAAAACUAUGUGAUCUUUACUUCCACAUGACUGGGUGUUGAUGGGAGUUAAGACCUCCCUGGUGCCAGCCCCAGUGCUUGUCAAAUUUAUUGACGAGUCACAUCAAUAUUGUAAUUCUAUUCUUUGCAGCUCAAGCAUGCAGUAUGAAUACUGUGUAUUUUUUAAAGAGAAAUUUAGAAUCAAGGCUUCAGAAAAUGCCAUUUACGGCAUUCCUUCUGUAUAGUUUAACAAGGCAUUCAUAAUCUUAGGAAAAUGGUAAGAAUUCACUUUCAAAGUGCAGCUUAUUCUCAACUGCUAAAUUAAAUUACUUUGCUUUAAAUUUUGUUUCAUUUCUUUCUGAUGUCACAUGUGGGGAUCUAAGAAUUUAGUUCAUUUGUUCAGGGUAAAAUUUGGAACAAAAACUAUCUGUCUGAAAUAAGUUUUAAAAAUCAUAUAUGUAGUUAAAUUUAGUUUAUUUGAGGUAUUGCUGUAUAAAUAUUCACUCACACAUUAUCCCAGAACAUAUGUACACAGUUUCUGUAAGUAUAGAUGUCCUCAUAACUUUAACAAAGAAUACUCCCAAAGUUCUAUUUAUUAAUUAUUAGUACAAAAUAUAUAAUUUUAUAACUCAGUUUACCCAGUAUUCAUCUGCAAAGCCAGAUUGUUCUCAUUUCUUUUAUAUUUUUAAAUUGUAGCUUUUAGAGUCCUGUGAUCCUCUAUGGAUCUUAAACCUAUGGCGCUUAAUAUUUUAUUAAAUAUUCAGGUAAAAGUUCUACUGAAUUCAUGUGAUCAUGGUGGUAUUGUAUAUGAUUAAAAACUUUAGAAACUUCUGAUAUCAGGAAUAUUUUGAGGGAGACAUGAUCAUAUUGUAUUUUCUCAGAUAAUGUUUUUAAGAAUAUUACUUUAAUGUGUUUUAAACAUCUCUUAGAUUUCCAUUGUAACUGUAUGUAAAGCAGUGAAGUAAAACCAAUUUAAGAUGAAGUUAAAUGUUUGAACAUUUGAUUCAGAAUCAUCUGAAUUGAGGUUGUCACUUAAGCCUCAGUGUCCUUAGUUUUUGUUAAUCUUGUCACCAUCUUUAUAUUAUUACAGAUAUUUCUGUUUUGGGGAUUUCAUACAAAGGUGGUUAUAACUGCAUAUUUCAUUCCCAGUUCGUGUGUGUGUUGGGAUGGGGAGACUUUUGUAGGUAACUAUUAAGUUUUUUGUACAUGUUACUUUGGGGAAGCAAGUAUGUAAAGCAUCUUGUGAUUUCUUAACUUUUUGUUUGUAUGUUUUUCAAAGCUACCACUGUCCUUUAUUAUGUUUUGGAGAUUGUUUAAAAUUCAUUUUCCU